AUGUGGCGAUCCCUCGUGUCAAAGGGUUCGAUUCCGUUCAGAUCAGCCUUCACUCGCGUCGUCCACCCCGCAACCCGCGCAGCCGCCUUCGCAACGACCGCCAAAAUGCCUAACAGAGACCCCAACACCCUCUCCAACUACGGUGCCUGGCUCACCAAGCACACCACCGCCAACCUCACCAUCGACUUCAAGGAAAAGUGCCUGAAGGGCUCCGUCACCCUCGAGCUCGAGUCCCUUACCGACAAGGAGAGCAAGGAGAUCGUCCUCGAUUCCAGCUUCCUCUCCAUCUCUGGCGUCAAGGUGAACGCCGCGACCUCGACGUAUGAGGUCAAGGACCGUGUCGAGCCCUAUGGCGCCCCUCUGCAUGUCUUUGUGCCCCAGGGUGCGGCCAAGGGUGAGGUCGUGAAGUUGGACGUCGAUCUGAAGACUACCGACAAGUGCACCGCCCUUCAAUGGCUCACCCCCGCGCAGACCAGCAACAAGAAGCACCCGUACAUGUUCUCGCAAUGCCAGGCUAUCCAUGCUCGCUCGCUUUUCCCUUGCCAGGACACUCCGGAUGUCAAGUCGACUUACACUUUCGUCCUGACGUCCCCCCUACCCGUCGUGGCCUCUGGUGUGGCUGUCGAGGGCGAGCCAGAGAAGAAGGGCGACGAGACGGUGUACCGCUUCGAGCAGAAGGUCCCUAUCCCGUCGUACCUGUUCGCGCUGGCAUCCGGAGACAUCGCGACUGCACCUAUCGGCCCGCGCAGCAUCGUUGCCACCGGACCUGAUGAGCUCAAGGAGUCUCAGUGGGAGCUGCAGAACGACAUGGAGAAGUUCAUGGAGGUUGCGGAGAAGCUUGUCUUCCCUUACAGGUGGGGUCAGUACAACGUGUUGGUGCUGCCGCCUAGCUUCCCCUACGGCGGUAUGGAGAACCCUAUUUACACGUUUGCGACGCCGACCAUCAUCAGUGGUGACAAGCAGAAUGUGGAUGUUAUUGCGCACGAGUUGAGCCAUUCCUGGAGUGGAAACUUGGUUACCAGCUGCAGUUGGGAGCACUUCUGGUUGAAUGAGGGAUGGACGACCUACCUCGAGCGCAGAAUCGGCAUGGCCGUUCACGGUGAUGCUGAGCGUGACUUCUCCGCCAUUAUCGGCUGGAAGGCACUCGAGGACUCCGUGACCCUCUUCGGCGCCGACUCCGAGUUCACCAAGCUCAUCAUCAACCACAAGGGCAUCGACCCCGACGACGCCUUCAGCACUGUCCCCUACGAGAAGGGUUUCCACUUCCUCUACUACCUCGAGCGCCUCGUCGGCCGCGACGCCUUCGACAAGUUCAUCCCCCACUACUUCACCAAGUGGUCCCGCAAGUCGCUCGAUUCGUUCGAGUUCAAGGACACCUUCCUCACCUUCUUCAACGGCCUCGGCGACGCGGAGAUCAAGGACAAGGUCGCUUCCAUCGACUGGGACAAAUGGUUCUACCAGCCCGGUCUGCCGCCCAAGCCCGAUUUCGACACCUCGCUGGCGGAUGUGUGCUACAAGCUCGCCGAGAACUGGAAGGACGAGAAAUUCACACCCUCCCCCGAGGACGUCUCCUCCUUCUCCGGCAACCAAAAGCUCGUCCUCCUCGAGACCAUCGAGAAGUUCCCCAGCCCCCUCUCCGCCGACCGCGCCCGCCUGCUCGGCAAGACCUACGACCUCGUAUCCUCGCGCAACGCCGAGCUCAAGACGGCCUACUACAAGAUCGCGCUGGCCGCCAAGGACUCGUCCGCGUACGCCGGCGCCGCCGAGCUGCUCGGCCACGUCGGCCGCAUGAAGUUCGUCAGGCCCCUGUUCCGCUCGCUGAACAAGGUCGACCGCGAGCUCGCGCUCGAGACGUUCAGGAAGAACCGCGAUUUUUACCACCCCAUCUGCCGCGGUAUGGUUGAGAAGGAUCUUGGGCUUGUGUGA